AUGGUCGCUCUAAAAUCAGCGGAAGCUCUUCUCCUUGAUCUUGGCAAUCCUGCAUAUCAAACAGAAAGAGACACUAGAUUAAUUGAUGCACCCAAAUCCAAUAAGGCAUGUUCAAAAUAUGAGGGAGGUGGUAGAAAAAGAAACCGCCUUGCUGUUAGUAUCCCAUCUGCGACAGAGCUUAAUGAAGCUGGAGUUGGGUUCAAGAGAAAUAGGAAUGCAAACCUUGAAGACAUAUCGUUCAAACGUGGAAACCUUAAAGUCCCUCCUCCUAUCAUGGUGGACGACGACACUGAAAUGAUGUUGUUGAAUCUGAUAGCCUUUGAGCAGCAACACGUUGGGGCAGGCAACCAGAUCGCAUCCUAUAUAUUCUUGAUGGAUAAUCUCAUCGACAAUGAAAAAGAUGUGGUGCUCCUAGAAUCAAGAGAUAUCAUAGAGAAUGACGUCGGAAGUGAGAAAGCUAUUGCUCAACUGUUCAAAUCACUGGCUAAAAACAUAACACUGGACCCAGAUAGCAAUCUAAAUGAGGUAUUAGCCAAUGUCAAAAUAUACUCCGAGAAGCCCUGGAAUAAGCGGAAAGCCUAUCUCAAUCGCACAUAUUUCAGAAAUCCAUGGGCUCCUAUAUCCCUUACAGCUUCUGUCGUCCUUUUUGCCAAUCCAGACUGUCUAUACUGUAUAUCCUAA